AACCUUAUAAGAACCCCCGUGGAUUGCAUUGCUCACCAACACAGUUGGAGACCUAAGCAACAUCUUUUCGGAGCUCAGAUUUAGAGAAACGAUGGCGUUCUCCACAUUCUGGAUCUCCUUAUUCCUCAUCCUAUUCGCCGUAACCGGAUCCUUCUCCGCUGAAGAAUCAGAAUCCAAUGAGUUUGUAGUGACGUUAGACCACUCCAAUUUCACUGAUUUCGUCGCCAAACACAAGUUCAUCGUCGUCGAGUUUUACGCGCCUUGGUGUGGUCACUGCAAGAAACUUGCUCCUGAGUAUGAGAAGGCCGCGUCCAUUCUAAGUAAGAAUGAUCCUCCAGUUUUCCUAGCGAAAUUUGAUGCAAACAAUGAGCAGAAUAAAGCCAUUGCCAAUGAGUUUGAGAUUAGAGGUUACCCCACCCUUAAAAUACUGAGGUAUGGAGGCAGUGUUGUUCAAGAAUACAAAGGACCCCGAGAUGCUGAUGGCAUUGUCACUUACUUAAAAAAGCAAAGUGGUCCUGCAUCUAUUGAAAUUAAAUCCCCUGAGGAUGCUAGUUCUUUAAUUGGUGAUGAUAAGAUAUUUGUUGUUGGUGUAUUCCCAGAAUUUUCUGGAGAGAAGUUUGAGAAUUUCAUGACUUUGGCUGAGAGGUUGCGUGCUGACUAUGACUUUGGCCAUACUUCGGAUGGCAAAUUUCUUCCUCGUGGGGACUCGUCAGCUGCAGGGCCUCUUGUUAGGUUGUUUAAGCCUUUUGAUGAACUCUUUGUGGACUUCCAGGAAUUUGAUGUGGAUGCUUUAGUGAAAUUCGUUGAAGAAGCUAGCACCCCAAUCGUAACUCUCUUCAACAAGGAUCCAAGGCACCAUCCCUUUGUUAUUAAAUACUUUGGCAGCUCCAAUGCCAAGGCAAUGUUAUUUCUAAACUUCACUGCUGAGGAGAAGUUUGAUGCAUUUAACUCAAAAUAUCAUGAGGUGGCUGUGCUUUACAAGGGCAAAGACUUGAGUUUUCUGAUGGGUGAUAUUGAAGCUAGUCAAGGCGCCUUCCAGUAUUUUGGGAUCAAAGAAGAACAAGUUCCUCUCAUCAUUAUCCAGACUAAUGAUGGACAGAAAUAUCUCAAACCAAAUGUUGAGCCUGAUCAGAUUGCAUCAUGGGUGAAGGACUUUAAGGAUGGCAUUGUCCAACCAUACAAGAAGUCGGAACCCAUUCCUGAAGUUAACAAUGAACCUGUUAAGGUGGUGGUGGCUGACAACCUUGAGGACAUGGUUUUCAAUUCAGGCAAAAAUGUUCUGUUGGAGUUCUAUGCACCAUGGUGCGGACACUGCAAAAAGUUGGCUCCAAUCUUGGAUGAAGUAGCUCUCUCAUUUGAAAAUGAUGCUGAUGUUAUAAUUGCAAAAAUUGAUGCCACCGCAAAUAAUAUCCCACAGCAGAGUUUUGAUGUGAAAGGUUAUCCGACAUUAUAUUUCAGGUCUGCAACUGGAAAGCUGUUGCAGUACGAUGGAGAUAGGUCGAAGCAAGCUAUAAUUGAUUUCAUUCAGAAGAACCGAGAUUCAGUUUCUGAACAGGAUUCAUCCAGAAAGGACGAACUCUAAAGCAUGUAGGACUAGGGCAUCAUCAUCGACAUUUUCUUCGAGUUUCACUCUCGAAAGCAAAGGGAUGAGGUUUGGUGGAUAAUGGGAUGAUUUCAGCUUUAGCUCGAGAUGAGUGAAGUAGAAAGGAAGACUUGGACCCCAUACCUGCAUCUCUCCCUUGCUGAUGCUGAGAUUUAGUUUUCGCCUUUAAUCUAGAAUAAGCUUUCCGGUUAUAGCAAGUGAGAGGAAAAAUCAUAUAAACCUGUGACAAAGCAUUUUCGGAUUUUUAGAUUAUUGCAUAGAUUCUGUAGUGACAGUUUUGUGGCUGUAGAGUAAUUCGGUAAUUUAAUUAGAGUUACAGGUUCAUGAUGUCAAAUAUUAUGUUUCACUUUAUUACAGGGUGGACACUGUUUUUGAUAUGCUAUGAUGUAGAAAGAGCA